CCGUAGUGCUUGCUUGCUGGGCGGGUUGGUGAGGAAUGGAGAUGGUGGGUGGCUGUAGUGAUCGCGGUGGUGGCGAUCGCCAAGGCUCUUCCGCGGACCCACAAAGCACCUUUGUGUUGGGUAACCUAGCGGAGGUGGUGGAGCGUGUCCUCACCUUCCUGCCCGCCAAGGCGUUGCUGCGGGUGGCCGGCGUGUGCCGCUUAUGGAGGGAGUGUGUUCGUCGGGUGUUGCGGACGCAUCGGAGUGUGACGUGGAUCUCCGCGGGCUCGGCGGAUGCUGGCCAGUUGGAGGAGCAUUGCUUGGUUCGCGUUGCAGCCGAGGAGCUUGAGAAUGUUCACAUCUUACCACAGACAGUUCUUUACAUGGCUGAUUCAGAAACUUUCAUUAGUCUGGAAGAGUGUCGUGGCCACAAGAGAGCAAGGAAAAGAACUACUAUGGAAGCAGCAUUUGCCCUUGAGAAGCUAUUCCCAAAACAAUGCCAAGUCCUUGGGAUUGUGACCCCAGGAAUUGUAGUGACUCCAAUGGGAUCAGGUAACAAUCGACCUCAGGAAAUAGAAAUUGGAGAGUCUGGUUUUGCUCUGUUAUUCCCUCAAAUUGAAGGAAUAAAAAUACAACCCUUUCAUUUUAUUAAGGACCCAAAGAAUUUAACACUAGAAAGACAUCAACUCACUGAAGUAGGUCUUUUAGAUAACCCUGAGCUUCGUGUGGUCCUGGUGUUUGGUUAUAAUUGCUGUAAGGUGGGAGCCAGUAAUUAUCUGCAGCGAGUAGUCAGCACUUUCAGUGAUAUGAAUGUCAUCUUGGCUGGAGGCCAGGUAGACAACCUGGCAUCACUGACCUCUGACAAAAACCCUCUGGAUAUUGAUGCCACUGGUGUGGUUGGACUGUCAUUUAGUGGACACCGAAUCCAGAGUGCCACCGUGCUUCUCAAUGAGGAGGUCAAUGACGAGAAGACUGCUGAGGCUGCAAUGCAGCGCCUCAAAGCUGCCAGCAUCCCGGAACAGAAUACCAUUGGCUUCAUGUUUGCAUGUGUUGGCAGGGGUUUUCAGUAUUACAGAGCCAAGGGGAAUGUUGAGGCUGAUGCGUUCAGAAAGUUUUUUCCUAGUGUUCCUUUAUUUGGCUUCUUUGGAAAUGGAGAAAUUGGAUGUGAUCGCAUAGUCACUGGGAACUUCAUAUUGAAGAAAUGUAAUGAGGUGAAGGAUGAUGAUCUGUUUCACAGCUAUACAACAAUAAUGGCACUGAUUCAUCUUGGGUCAUCUAAAUAAAGCCAUCUGUAAAGUGGCUUUCACAAUA